AAGAAGAGUGAGGAUGAGAUAAAGAGAGAAAUUCUGAGAGAGUUUUCUUACCACUGUAGUGCAUAAAGGAUAAAUGGCAAGAGGAGUUAAUUGUAUUGCUCCAAAAACAAUCAUGAACCUUAUUAUGCUCAUUUUGGUUCUCUGCUUAUGCACCAAAUCAAUCGAAGUUGAAGCACGAGCUUCGCGUUUGCCUGCUGCAGAAGAGGAAGCACUAAAAGAAAUAGCAAAACAGCUGGGGAAAACGGACUGGAACUUCAACAUAAACCCAUGCUUCAAUUACACAAACUGGGAUACCCUAAACUCUACUGCCAACCCUAUCUACAACAAGACCCUCGAAUGCAACUGUUCCUAUCCCGACGGGUUUUGCCACGUUGUCAGCAUUUUUCUUAAAGGGCAAGAUCUUGCUGGUGUACUUCCACGAUCUGUUGCAAAGUUGCCCUACAUAACACAAGUUGAUUUCACCAGGAACUACCUCAGUGGUCCUAUACCGCCUGAAUGGGCUUCUACAAAGUUGGAACUUCUGUCCUUGAAUGUGAACAACUUAUCAGGACAAAUCCCUCGCUACUUGGGGAACAUUACCACUCUAAUCAAUCUGAACUUGGAGACUAAUCUGUUUUCUGGAACUGUUCCUCCUGAGCUUGGGAAUUUGGUUAACUUGGAGAUUUUCAUUCUCAGUGCAAACAAUCUCACAGGAGAAUUGCCAAUGGCUUUCACUAAUCUGACUAAAUUAAAAGAAUUUAGGAUUAGCAGUAACAACUUCACGGGAAGAAUACCUGAUUAUUUGGAAAAUUUUAAACAACUUGAGAAAUUAGAGAUCCAAGCUAGUGGUCUCCAUGGGCCCAUUCCGUCUAGCAUUUCUGUCUUGAGUAAUUUAAAAGAACUAAGGUUCAGUGACUUAAAUGGAGAGGGUUCAAAAUUUCCAAACUUGAGAAAUAUAAUGGGCAUGACAGCCUUAGAUCUCAGCUUCAACAAAUUGGAAGGAAAUAUUAAUAUUUCUGACGAUGAAAAUCCGCAAAAGCUGCAGUACUUGUAUCUAACAAGCAACUGGCUCACCGGGUCUGUUCCAGACUGGAUGAAGAGCAGAGAUAAUCGCUACCUGACAGAUAUUUCUUACAAUAAUUUUUCUGAGAGCUCUGAGACUUGCCGAGAAACCCUAUCAUUUGGAGAGUGCUUGAGGAACUCUGCAUGUCCAGAAGAUCAGUACUCGUUGCAUAUAAAUUGUGGUGGAAAACGAACCACCAUCGGACGAGUCACCUUUGAAGAUGAUCAAGACCCAGGAGGUGCAGCAAAAUUCUUUCGCCAGGGACCUAUCUGGGGAACCAGUACCACUGGACAUUUCUGGGAUUUUACCACCACUGCUACAGACUACAUUGCAAAUAAUGUAUCUAUACUUAAAAUGAACGACUCUGAGUUGUACACAAGUGCACGCCUCUCUCCUCUUUCUCUCACGUAUUACGCACGCUGCUUUCAAAACGGCAAUUACACCGUGAAACUUCACUUUUCGGAGAUAACGAUCAGAGGCAAUAGAUCUUUUCGUAGUGUUGGAAGACGGAUAUUUGAUAUUUAUAUUCAGGAGAAACUGGUGUGGAAGGAUUUUGAAAUUAAAAAGGAAGCACAGGGCGUUGAUAAAGAAGUCAUUAAGGAACAUAAAGCAGUUGAGGUUAAGAAUAAAACUUUAGAGAUCCGAUUUCAUUGGUCUGGGAAAGGGACAACAGCUUCUCCAAAGAGAGGAACAUAUGGUCCUCUUAUAUCUGCUAUCUCUAUAGAGCCUGAGUUCAAGCCUCCUCAUGGAAGCAAGGUACCUAUUGUAGUGGGAGCUUCAGUUGGAGCUUCGGUCUUGUUCCUCAUUUUCUUGAUUUUAGGCAUUCUUUGGUGGAAAGGCUGUCUGGAUAGCAAGAUAUCUAGGGAAAAAGCUCUGAGAGGACUGGAUCUGCAAACUGGUUUUUUCACCUUCAAGCAAAUUAAAGCCGCCACUAAUAACUUUGAUCCUAUAAACAAAAUCGGGGAAGGCGGUUUUGGAUCUGUCUAUAAGGGUAUAUUAUUGGAUGGUACUAUAAUUGCAGUUAAGCAACUAUCAUCCAAAUCAAAGCAAGGAAAUCGGGAAUUUGUGAAUGAAAUAGGCAUGAUUUCUGGUUUACAACAUCCAAAUCUUGUUAGAUUGUAUGGAUGCUGUAUUGAAUCAAACCAGUUACUGUUGGUAUAUGAAUACAUGGAAAACAACAGCCUUGCACGUGCUUUGUUCGUUCCGGAGGAAAGUCCUUUAAAAUUGGACUGGCCUACAAGGCAGAAUAUAUGCAUAGGCAUAGCAAGAGGUCUGGCUUUUUUGCAUGCGGAAUCAGCACUGAAGAUUGUACAUAGAGACAUUAAAACUACAAAUAUAUUACUGGACCGAGACCUUAACUCCAAGAUCUCGGACUUCGGGUUGGCCAAGCUUGACGAAGAGGAGAACACCCACAUUAGCACUAGAGUUGCUGGAACUAUAGGAUAUAUGGCGCCAGAAUAUGCACUAUGGGGUUAUUUGACCGACAAAGCAGAUGUGUACAGCUUUGGUGUUGUUACAUUGGAAAUUGUUGCUGGAAAGAGCAACAUGAAAUAUCGACCAAAUGAGAACUUUGUAUGCCUUGUGGAUUGGGCUAUUGUUUUACAACAAAAAGGGGAAUUAUUGGAGCUGGUGGAUCCAAGGUUGGGGUCCGAUGUGAGUGAGGAAGAGGUCAUUAGGAUGAUUAAAGUUGCUCUCUUGUGCAUCAAUGCAGCACCAGCGCUUAGGCCUACCAUGUCUGCAGUAGUGAGUAUGCUUGAAGGGCGUACGGCUGUUCAUGAAUUGGUCACGGAUCCAAGUACUUACGGUGAUGAACUGAGGUUAACAGCCUUGACAAACCAGUUUGAUCACAAUUCAUCACAGAAUCCAAGUCAAACUCAGAGCCUUAUUCCUUCAUCAUCAGAUGCACCAUGGAUUGGUUCUUCUGCUACUACUACGUCUUCUGAUCUCUAUAAAAUCAAUCCCAGUACUAGUUCUUACUAAUGUAAAUGCUAGGACUCAAGAUUUUAUGUUGGAAAAAUAGCAUAUCCUAGAGUGAUUUAUGAGCUCUUAAACAUUAUUUUCUUACAAGUCGGUUUUUAGAAGCAAGUUCUACCCAUGAACUCUU